AUGAUAGAAUUCUGUCUUUUUAUUGCCGCCCUUGGUGGGCUGUUUUCCAUCGGAAACGGCUCUCCAAACAUUUCUUCCGGUAUUGGAGAAAUUAGGGAACGUCUACCGAGGGUUGGAUCUACAAUGACUACGAAGGCUAGACAUUCUCUCUCAAGAGAAACUGUAGACUACCGAUCGUUGCUAAUACAAACUACGGCAUCGGCUACGUAUCACUGUCCAGAUAUCACCUCCUGCCUAUCUAGUCUCAAGUUAGAAACUGCAACAGUAUAUGGUCCUCAUUAUCUUCCUUCAGACAACUCAGCAACCCUACAAGCUAUUGCUAGGUCGAUAGAGCGUCUGGAAUCUAGCUGGAUGGAACAAGAUAAAGCUGCUGCAAAAGUUACAUCAAAGCCAAGGUAA